GGAGGGUCUUCAAUCGAGCUACUUCCGGGUUGGCUACAGCUCCUUGUUAUGCUAGCUCGAACGCUCGUGUGAAUUAGGGAGGGAAGGAAAGGGAUGGGGGUGGAUAAGGGCCUCCGAACGAGGAAGUACUGCAAUGAUAACAUGAAGCUCCUGCUGCUGCUGCUGCCGCCGCCUUCUCUGUGAUUGCAAUCCCCCUCAUCUGUUUCCUGCCCGCGAUGCCGUCCCAGCGCGUCUUCGCUCUGCCUAGGCAGCAAUCUCUGCUCCUUCCUGCCGUUAUCAACCCCUUCGUACAGGACACUAAACUCUCCAAGACCACCAUACUCAAAUGUGUCCUCCAGGGAAUCGUCCUGGUCCCGCUUCGCGCCAUCCUCAUUUCAUUGGUGCUCAUGGUAACAUGGCCAGUGGCUGUCAUCAUCACCUUCAAGCAUCCUCUGAAGGGAGCAGUGGCACCAAUGACAGGAUGGAGAAGGCUCAUGUGUCAGAGUGUGAUGGCCACCCUGGGGAGAGCCUACUACUUCUGCAUGGGCUUCCGAGUGGUGGUCAAGGGCAAGCAAGUGAGCAGUAGCGAGGCCCCCAUCCUGGCCGUGGCCCCCCACUCCACCUUCUUUGACGGUAUCGUGUGCAUAGUGGCCGGCCUGCCUUCCACUGUUUCCCGCAUGGAGAACCUGGCCACGCCCAUCUUUGGCAGGUUUGUACGCUGCCUCCAGCCGGUGCUAGUGUCCAGAAAAGACCCGGACUCAAGGAAGAACACCAUCCAAGAGAUCGACAGCAGAGCCAAGUCAGGAGGUCGCUGGCCACAGGUUUUGAUAUUUCCAGAGGGAACGUGUACAAAUCGCUCGUGUCUCAUCACAUUCAAACAAGGUGCCUUCAUUCCAGGCGUACCUGUGCAGCCUGUGCUUUUGAGAUAUCCCAACAAACUAGAUACAGUGACAUGGACCUGGCAGGGUUUCAGCUCAAGGACCCUGCUGCUUCUAACGCUGUGCCAGCUUUACACCACAGUGGAGAUUGAGUUCCUGCCACCUCACGUCCCAACAGAGGACGAGAGAAGAAGUCCUGCAUUGUUAGCCAGCAAAGUGAGAGACAUCAUGGCCCAGGCACUCGGCAUCCCCGUGACGGACCACACGUACGAGGACUGCCGCUUGAUGAUCUCCGCCGGGGAGCUGACACUACCGAUGGAGGCCGGCUUGGUGGAAUUCACCAAAAUCAGUCGCAAGCUCAAUUUGAAGUGGGACAACGUGAGGAAGGAGUUGGACGGUUUCGCCGCCAUGGCUAGCUCGUGUAAAGGAGGACGCAUCACCAUUAAGGAGUUUGCCGGCUUCCUGAAGCUCCCAGUCAGCCCCGCCCUGGAGGAGCUCUUUGCCCUGUUUGAUAGGAAUGGCGACGGCACCAUAGAUUUCAGAGAGUACGUCAUCGGAGUGACCAUCCUGUGUCGGCCAGCCAACACCGAAGAUGUGCUGCGGAUGGCAUUCCGGCUGUUUGACACGGACGAAGAUCAGAAAAUCACACGAGAAGAGUUCACGGCGCUGCUGCGCUCCGCUCUGGGCGUAUCCGAUAUCAACAUGGUCAAACUGUUCAAAGAAAUCGACGCAGACAGCUCGGGGUUCAUCACUUUCAGUGAGUUUCAAGCUUUCGCCACAACCCACCCGGAAUAUGCCAAGCUCUUCACCACCUACCUGGAGCUUCAGAGGUACCAAGCCAUCCAGGAGGCGAGGCCCGGAGAUCUGGAACUGUCCGGUCAGGUCAGUUCAGGGGAAAGUCGGGAGGAGAGCACCUCGGAUAAGAAAGACGACUGAGAACCCAAUCCAUAGUCCACUCCACUUUGGUCUGGUCAGAAGCAUCUUUUAGGUCUUUUUUUUUUUUAAGUCUUAGUGCCUUAUGGUGCAGACACUACUUCCACCUGUCAAUGUCACGGCCAGGUCACAAUUGUCUAUCCCUUUUUUAAUGAUUAUUAUGACAAAUAAUAAUACAAAUUACCCCAAAAAUUUUUUUUUAACAAAUAAUACUAUUGAGAUAAAUAAUUAUCUUUAAUUAUCUGUAACCCAAAUACCCAAAGUUGGUGUCAUGUUGUGCUUCCUUAGCCAGCAAACCACACCAAAUAGUUAAUUCUACUUGGGUGAUUAAUCAACCAUCAAUUCCGUACUGUCAAAUUCUGUCAAAACAAUCAAUAACCAUGCCCGUUGCCUCUGGUGCUCAACUCAACUGAUUGGAUAUGAUUUGUAAAGACACUUAAGUGGUCCAUGAAGGCCUCACAGAUGUCAAAAACAUAUCGUAGCGACAACAAGAGACCGUUGUGACAAGACGCAGAUCUAUCCGGGUUGGGCUUCUGCUGCCAUUGAUGUUCCCAAGAAACACAGGAGCGUCUUCUUGACUCAAAUUGUCAAAUCUUUGGGGACGACUACAACUUUUUCCCGGAGAAGCGAGUUGCUCGUUCUAUUAUUGUCGUCAUCCUCUCGAAGGAGCGCGAACCAAUUUUUGCCGCAAUACUAAUCCCAUGUUGGAUUUAUCUCCCGUUUCCAGUUCUAUUAUCAUCAUCAUUACUGGGGGUGUGUAUCGGCAAGAAUCUGGCGAUACGAUAUAUCACGAUACUGUUAAGGCGAUAUUUUUUUUUGUUUUUCUUGUAGUUAAUAAUAGUAAUAAUACAUUUUAUUUAUAUAGCGCUUUUCAAAAUACUCAAAGACACUUUACAGAAGAAUGGAGUUGAAUAAAAACAAGUAAACAGAGUAGAAGACACACCAAAAUACAACAUUCAUUGGUUAAUACACACUUAAAACAUGAGUAAAAGGGCGGGGCACAGCAGUCAGAUAUAAAAAGUUAAAGAUUAUUUCCUGGGAAAACUGAAUUACACCAGCAAUAUACACUUACUAAACAUAUUUUGAUUCUAUUCUGUAUCACAAACUUUCCUCUGUAAAAAGUGUUGCAUUUGGAUAAAUAAAGUUUUAACAUCCAGCUUUAAAUUUACAAAAAAAAAAAAACAUAAAAAACAAAUAAAUUUAAUUAUAUCUCAAGAUCCUGCUCAAAUGUUCACAUUCUAUUAGCUGUUAAAAAAUGCAGUAUACAGUCCCUGAACUAUCCACCAUCAGAAGAGUAUUUUUGUGGAACAAAGUAACUAACAUCAGUAAAAAGUCCUUUUUUAGGAUGCUUGAAAUAACCAUUAUUUAACAAAAUAGUGAUAUCAAUUUGAAAAACAAAAUACCUGCAAUGCGGCCAUGUUGAACUGUGUUUAUGUGAGUCUCGUUCAACGAAAUCUUGACCUUGCCUAAUUGACUACGUAAGUGCUGCCACCUAACGAUCGGAGGUUUCAAUUAAAAUCAGAAAUGAACCUUUUGCCGUGUCUGCACUUGAAUAAAUACCAUAUACAGUCUAUGGUAAAUACCUAAAAAUAUCCAUACUUAUAGGUUAUCACAUGGUUUGGUUUGACCUUCGGUCUCGGGCUGGGGCAUGAUACUGGGCCUGAUACCAGACAAACCAUGUGAUGAUCUUAUUAUCACAUACUAUUUAAUCAAAAGACCAUUUUGUUUCCAGAAAAAAAAUCAGUUUAUUACAUGUAUUAUAUCUAAACAGUGUAAACACAAUAAUUGCAAAAAUAUAUAGAUAGAUAGAUAGAUAGACUCCCUUUAUUGUCAUUGCACAAAAACACAGCAGUGAAAUUGCCAACGAAAUGUCGUUGCCUGGCUCCCAUAUAACAACAGACACAAAAGAAGAUAAGUAAAAACAAAUAAUAAUAAUAAUAAUGUGGAGGCAACAAUAAUAUUUUAUCAAUGUCUUAUCUCGUCUUAUCUUAUCAAUGUCUGACAAUUAAAGUUCCAUUAAUCAAGUUUGGGUUUUUUGGUGACUGGAGAAGCACUAGGAACUAAGCACUCGUGCGCUGUUCUCUGAUUGGUUGUUUCACGGGCACGAUACCUCUGAGUGGACAGCUACGGGGGGCUGAUACUGGACAUGGUUAAACUCUAUAUUUUAUCAGUAUCACCGCCUUGGGUUUUGACACAGUAUCAUUUCGGCCUUUUCCCGUAUCAUUCAUGGGCGGUUUCUAGGGUACAGGGCCAAUUAAUACUGUAGUAUGUGAUCAUUUUUAAUAUCGAUACAGUAUCGCGAUAUAUCGCCGAAACGAUAUUUUCUUACACAACUUAAUCAUUACUCUUUUUUCUUCCUUGCCAUAAUUUUUUUUAUUUUUUAAAUGAUAAAACUAUUUUAAAAUAGUAUCUCACAGUUGCAGGUAGAGAAUGUGCAAAAAGCAGGAAGGAGGCAAUAAACUAGAAAAAAAGAAGCACAGUUAAGUGGGAGAAGGAAUUGCCGACUAGAAGACACGUUGUUUUUUUACGCACAGUUUGCGGUGUGUAAACGCAUCUUAAGGCCGCAACACACCAAAUGUAUUAUUAUAUUUUGUUGUGAUAAAGUGACGCUAGUUUCAAGUCUCUUGAACACAUUUAUACAACGAUAUACAAACAUAUACAUUUUAAACCAACACCUCAUGUUCAAAUCCACGAAAAAAACAUUUCUUACGUGUUGAUAUAACAUAUAAAACGUGUUGGUGUUUUUAACAAAUGAAUUAUUGUGCUUUGAUUUUGCUUAUGCCGUGUAUUAUUCCACUCCAUAUGUGUUUGUAAUUAGUUUACAGUAAGCUUUAUUUGGAUCCAGGCAAGUGUUGCUAAUCCUGCAGAUGUUGUUGUGUGUGUGUGUGUGUGUGUGUGUGUGUGUACUCAGGGACACGGACCUUGUAAAGACGGCUGUAUAAUUAAGUAGAAGGUUUGCUUUGCAUGUUGUAUCUAUUUGCAUCCCCACGCUUCAUGUUUGGUGCUGACACAGCAAGAGCGUUCACGUGGAAAUAGGGCAAUUUGUGAGCAAAAAAGGCAAAAUAGGAGUGUGUGUAUUCCGGUGGGGUGCGCGUUCAGAUUAACAAGUCGUCAUUUUUUUUUUUUGGUCUGUUUGUCUUUUUAAUUUUUUUGUUGACGUUGCAAAGUUGAAAGUACAACAAGAAUGCAUAUUUAAUUGAAAAACUUUGUUGAAAAUAAGGCAUUACCGUGUCAUUCUCUAAUCCGGCACCAGAUGGCAGCAAACAUCUUUUUUUUUUUAAUCCAGCUGUUUUCUUUUAUUAUUUACUUCCUCUUUCAUGCAUGUGUGCUCUGAAGUUUUAAUGACUUAUAUUUUCAUGUGACUCCAAACAUUACUGCAGUGGAGAAAAUUAAAUAUUUAAGCUCCUGUAAAUGUGACAUGUAAUUGUGAACAAAAUAAAAAGGAUAAAGAUGCCAAAAAUGACUCA